AUGUCUCGGCAAUCGUCUCCAGAGCUCUCAGACUCUGAGCUCCUCGAGGGCCUUGAAGAAAAGUUUGACAUGGGAGCCGAGCGCGAACGGCGAAUGCAAGCACUUCGCAACGAGUCUCAACGCCUUAAAACCCUCAACGAGACUGAAUACGGCAAGGUCAUGACCUACGGCGACGAGAAGAAGCUUAUUGAGCGCAUGUCCAAAGACAAGUUUGUCAUCAUCCACUUCUUCCACCCCGACUUUCCGCGGUGCCGGAUCAUGGAUGCGCGACUUGAAGAACUCGCCCCGAAACACCCACAUACUUUGUUCUUGCGCGCCAGCGUGGCCGAUACGCCAUUCCUCAUUAACAAAUUGGGCGUGCAGGUUCUCCCUUGUGUCUAUGUUUUCGUGGACGGCAAGGGGGUUGAUCGCUUAAUCGGCUUUGAAGAGCUUGGACAGACGGACCAGUUCUCGACAACAGCACUCGAGUUCCGCCUCCAGCAGAGUGGCGCGCUACCCUCGGGCCCCAUGUCGCUCGCCAGCAUGUUGGGCAAGAUCAAGAAAGACUCGGACGACGAAGAUGACGACGACGCGUUCCGCGACAAGUCUAGACGCGGCAAGGUCGGGAUCCGGAACGGGCUGGCGUUCGGCAACGACGACGAGUAG